AGGGCAGGGAUGGUCACUGUGGAGUGCAAUGCUAAGUGAAGUAGAAAAGAAUGGUAUCCGGAGUCUGUUAGAUAGACUCACAAGGGAAGACCUCAUAUCUUUAACCGACACCGUCACCAACCGUGCAGUCACCGUCGAAACUUGUAAGGAUGCGAUCGAGGCUAUCCUCAGUUUUACAAUGAACGUUAAGGUGCUGUUGCGCCGGAAAAAAGUGCGCCGCGAGCAUGUAUUUCAGUACCUGGCCGAGAAUCAGGUGUUCGUCCCAUCAACUGCUGAUAAGCAGCAGCUGAUAAAAAAGGUGAUGGAAUUGUGGGAGAUCAAGGAGAAGGAGUUGAAGAACGGAGGGGUCGGAGCUGAUUGUGAUUACGGAGACCCCUCCGUCUCCAGCACCUCACAAACUCACGGGGUAACUCAGGAACCCGCCUCAUCAACCACGUCUCCAGGCCACUCGCCCAAAACCAGUCCUGGGCUCUGUGGUGAUGUGGAGAAAAAAGACAAUGACGAUUAUGGUCAGAAGUAUGCCGAGCAGUGGACACCUUGGUUUUAUGAUUUGUUACGGCAGUGCGGCACCAACAUGAUCCACGACCCUCUCGCACCUCAUGGUAUGAGCGACUGGGGUGAGCAUCAUUUCUGGGCGGAUGCCGUUCUGAAAAUCGAGGUAACCGCCCGUAAUCAGACAACCGAGGAAAACUACAGCGGGGCCCUGAACGUAUCAAGGAGACUUUACAGUCUGGUGGUUCGGGAGAGCAUCUAUCUGAACCCUAACCUGGACAGAAACGGUAUCAAGGGCCGGUUAGAACAGCACAGUGGCAUGGUGCUUGUCACGGCUAGCGGCACUGUCCAUCGACACUCUCACUUUGUGGGGAUAUUCAGUCAGGCAUUUGGGCUACUCCGAGACCCUUCCGUCAACAAUAACUACAGAAUUAAGUUCACUAAUUUGCAGCUACGCAGUACAGACUAUAUGCCUCCCUACCAAACAUAGUACCCACCAUCGGAAUAAUGAUUUAUCUUUUAAACCUUCUCUCCUAGCGGGAGAGAGCACAUGGCACUUGCGGCACUGAGUGCACAGGGAGAGAAUUAGCUCAAUGUUGAGCCUCACCCCGUCACAUCAAGUUUUUAUAUUUCUAACCGUUGAUUCUUUUUUACACGAAAAUUAUUGUAAUCCAAUUUCGUUGGGUAUAAUAUUCUGAUCGAAUGUCUGGAGAGAGAGAAAUUGGAGAUAUGUAUCAAAACAUUGGGCACACGAUAAUAAUACCUCGAUAUAAUGUUUGUUGUUAUGAAGAGUAUCGGGAGAUUGUUGUUGUUGUUUAAAAUGUAACUUAUUUAAGUGCUAUUCGGAGCUAGAGGUUGAAGUAUUAAAAUCGUAUCGGUUGUUGACGCUGAAAGAUUAUAUGAUAUAAUUACCCAUUUGAUCGGUUUGAUACCACUUUCUCACGCACAUGAGGCAGCUCCUUUAUAUAACGGUUAAUUUUGUGCAGUGUGUGAACUUCGGGGGUAAAUGAAAUCUGAAUGUGUAAUGAAUAUGUAAAUGAUCUUCUGAAUAUGUAAUCGGUCGAACACCCCGUAUAAAUAUAUUAUAAUUUAAAAUGUUAUAUCAGUGCCGGUAAUGGGUGACGGAGGAGAAUAUGAGAAUUAGGAGGGUGGGAUGAGAGGGGGUUGACAAACUAGACUUACAACGGUUCUUGCUAAACCUGGUAGACACUUCUGAAUCUGAGUCUAGACUGGCAAAUUAUCUGGCGUAUUGGUUAGGAUAGCAAGAGAGGUAUGUCAACUUGAUAGAGCUGGUAGACCUGUACCCCUGUCCUUUAUAAUGUGAACAUCAGUGCAGGCUAUCUCUUAUAAGUUUGCUUUGGACAUUUUUUUAAAUCUUAAAUUUCGCAUGCUUGCCUAAUAAGCCGUAGGUAUUUGCAGAAACUGCGCCUUAUAUGAGGCGAGGUGUUUUAAUUUUCUAACUAGCAACUAUUUACAAUAUGUGCACAACUGCAACUGUAAAAAAUAUCACCCCAAAAUUUGCAAUUCAAAGGAGGCAUUUUGUUUUAAGCAGUUUUAUUGUCAGCACCACCUUCCACAUAAUAUGAAUAACUCAAAAAAUGUGUCUACUAACUACUUCCAAGUACUAAUUUACAUUGAAACUCCAUUCCAAAGCCUUUUAGAUGCACAUGAUAUAUCCCAACUGUACUAUAUAUGAAAAUAAAACCUUUUAAAGAUUUCUUGCCUGUUUUAAAAACGCUGAAAACUGAAAAGCAGAACUUACAAAACGUAAUGUUGCAGUUUAAGUGAUAGAAUGUUUAAAGAACCUGUGCUCACCAGCAAGAGUUUAGUUAUAGCAGUUAUAGCAGUUACAUAAUUAUGUUAUUUUAUGUUUUUACUGUGUGUGAGAGAAUUAUAGUGAAACUUGUGGUCAUCUUCUUAAGGUAGCAUAUAUGAUAUUAUGUUGUGUUUAAUGAUUCAAUGCUUAGCUUGAAUAUAUAUAUACAAGGUGAUAUAUAAAUAACCGUUAAUAAGUACAGUAAAUAAGGUACUUGAAGAUAAAUCCAGCCUAUCUUAUUGUAACCGUAUUAUGUUUCAGUCACGUGUAACUAAUUAAAUAGUCACAUCUGUGCUCCGUUGUUGCAUACAAAUAUCAUAUUGUUAUGAUUAAAUUAUAUAUUUCAUAUUGAUUGAAGCAUAAUUAUAA